AUGGGCAUCAGGGAGGAGCUUCACGCAAAACGCCCAAAUGAUGAUGAUGAUGAGGCGAAGGAUACGGAAAGUCGUCACAAAGGCAAAAAGGCCAAGAAGAUCGAAUAUGACUGCCCUCCCGGAACGGCCGGCGGCACCGCGAAGCUGGAGGAGCUGCUCGUGGAGGAGACGUGGCUGGAGGCGCUCUCCGGGGAGCUGCUCAAGCCCUACGCGCUCGACCUCUUCCGCUUCGUCGCCCACGAGCGCCGGCACGCCAAGGUGCCCGUCUACCCGCCGCCCCACCUCGUCUUCCACGCGCUCCACACCACCCCCUUCCACGACGUCAAAGCCGUCAUCAUCGGCCAGCUAUUUGGUCUAACUGUGGCCUAG